UUAUGGCUAAGAUCAAAGUGUAGUAUCUGUUCUUAUCAGCUUAACAUCUGAUAGUUCCUCCAUUGGAGGACAACAAAUGUUAAACUGAUUUUUGGAAUCAGACGGAGUGCUAGGAGCUUGCUCCACCUCUGUCGCGGGUUGGCCCGGUAUUGCAGUACCGCCGGGAUUUCGGCCCAACUGAAUAAUAAAUAUUUAACUAAUGUAAAGUCAAAAGAUUGAUUUGUCAAUAGAAUAGAGUUUCUGUCUAGUUUAUUAUCAAAAUUAUGUCGUUUUGUUAAGCCUGAUUGCCAAAAUGACUGCGCCGUCUAUCUCGCGAGCCAACCCGACCACUGAUUCCGGCAAGGCUCGAUCUCCCGUCCUUGGAUUAAGCCGAAAUCGAAAGCGUCAGGAGAGACGAAAGCAGCGCCUGCAGGAAAUGCAAGAUUUGCUGUACACCAAGCACUUCUCCAACUACAGACUGCCGGCGUCAGUGGCCGCGCCAGCUCCCGAGGAUGAGCUGCUCCAACUGCAGAAUUUCCAUUCGCUGACCGAGCAGCCGUCCAGCAGCAGGAAAAGCGCACUGCCUGUGACCACAUCUAGCGAUUCGCCGUGGAGCCGACUGCGCCUGGUGGCAUGCCCAUGUCACGGAUGCCUCUGCUCGGUUGAGCCCAGCGCUCUGUUGGGUCACUAUUUGAGUGACCAUCUGCCGGGAAUGGGGGUGCCGUUCUACGAACUGGAAAUGGGCAAGCGAGUGUCCCUAACGUGUCAUAUUAGUAGCCUGGAAAAAGAUGUCAACUCCCUGCUGGGUGUCUAUGGCUAUCGGCGCACUGGCCUGAAUCCUCUGAAAUGCCACCGAAACACCCAUCUGCCGGUGGAGUACCGCCGCUUCUCGCAGCAUAGCGCCCUCAUGAUCUUCGCCUGCCGCACCAUGCACUCGGUGCUGUGGGAAAGGAAGCGUGUCAAACACGAAGUCCUGGCCAUCUGGGUGGCUACUCCGUUGCAAGGCGUGGCCAUCACUCUGCGCCUGCUGGUCCAACCGGCCAACCUGCCACGUUACUACGCCAGGCAGAUAAAAGCUCGUCCAAUGCUGCCACUGUCGUCGAACCAAACCUGCAGUGAGUUCAUCAAGACCGACAGCAACGUGAUCCUCAUCAGCUUAGAUGACCUUAAGGCACUAAUGGACUUGGAUGUUUGGCAGCAAUCGCUAACCGUCGAACUGAAAGUGAUUAGCGAGGCAAGAAUAUAAAACUUCCGGUUUUUUUUUGGAAUUCGCAAUAUUUUUGGCCAUGUAUUUAAGUCUAAGAUUAAACAAGAAAACAUAAAACUUGAACUUGCACUUAGUAUAUGCAUUAAUAAAUUAGUACAAAGUAUCAGAG